UCAGAAACAGGGUAUAUUGAAUUUAUUGAAUUUGCAUUCAUCCUGCUGUCUGAAGUUGACCUGCAACUGCUGCUGUUGCUGCAAUCACUAAUUUGUGUAUUGGGUUUUAGACAUAGACUUCCCUGACCUGAAUCAGACGGUAUUGAGACUCACGCAAUGUCUUAAUUUGCAUAUGGUGUUGAUUUAUCUCUCUAUAAGACAGACAGACCGGAUCGUAUGCAUGCUCGAGUACAUGCUCAGUUAACCUCCCAGUGGAUCAACAUAAUGGGCUUAGACACAUUCAUCCUGCAGUUAAUUGCUAUAGUGGUCCUGGUUUGUAUUGGGGUGAUGUGGAACUCCUUUAACCUCAUCGCGACCAUCCGAAUGCAGCUGAAGACCAAGGGCAUUCAAACCAUGAUCCUGAUCAUAUUCUCUUUCUCCUUCAGCAACGUUAUUCUGGUACUGUCCUGCUUCGCUAUUGUUCUGUUUGUUACCUUAGAUCCAGUGUUCAUGUGCACCAAGAUUGAGGCACACCAUUUAAUAUUGGUAUAUAUGUGGCUGAGCAGCAGCUGUGUGAGCUUCUGGUCCAUAGCAUUGCUGAGUGUAUUGCACUGUGUGAAGGUUGUGAGCUUUUCCAUUGGUUGUUUCAAUGCCUUAAAGAAGAACAUCUCCAGAAUCACCAACAUUGCCCUACUGCUCAUCUGCCUGGGUUCCUUCCUGCUCUUCAUUCCUUUCUUCACUCUCUACAUUCCUAAAGUCACGGCCACAAACACGACUAUUGGAAUCAAUGGAACCAACGUAACCACCAAUACCUCAAACACCACAACUAAAACAUGCCCAUUGCCCUCAUUAUCUCCUCAGAUUUCUACGCCGCUCUACACUCUGCUUUAUAUGUCCUUCCUCUGCCCUAUCCCUUUGAUGAUCAUGAUGACCACCUCUCUCAGGAUGGUGAUCCACCUGUGUCAACAUGUGCUGUCUCUCAGCAAGAACCAGACCCAAGUCCAGAGUCUAGACUCCUAUCUGUUCAUCUGCAAGCUGAACAUCUCCCUAGUAGGCGUCUAUCUCAUUACUCUGGCAAUCGUGAGCAUUUUCUUCAUCUUGAAGAUGUUGGAGCUGACCGUGAGCUACCUCCUGAUAAUUUUUGGCUUCUCUUUGUACUGCAUCAUGACUGCAGCCCUCUUGACUGCGUCCACCAAGAAGCUGAGGGAGAAGUUCUGGAGGAUGAUCUGCUGUAAAGAAACAAAGAAACAAUAGCAAACAAAGGAACAAGACAGAUGAAGGACACGGAGGUAGCUUGAAACCUUUUGUUUUCUUUUUUUUAUCUUAAAUUCCACAACAAUGUAUUUACGCUGUUCUGUAAAAAAAAAACAAUAAUUUUGUCAAUGUGUAUUAGAAGUCUUUAGACUUAA